AGUUGAACACGUGGACGACUUAGUUUUUUUUUUUUGUAUCGCGCCAGUAUCCCAGUCGUAAAUGUGGAGACAACACGACAUCAAGAUUAAACGUGCCGUUGGAUAUACUGGAACCAGCUGUUUGAUGUUUAUUUAGGCUACCAAUGAUUAUCAGUUAGGAUGCCCCUCUGAUGAGAUCAAGGGAGCAGAUGAGAGCAGACUGAUCAGCACUCCCUUGGCUGCGUUGACCUCUCCGCCAGUCAGAAGGUCCCUCUGGAGCAGAGCGACGCCUCCUGCGUCCUGCUCUGAACAGUUCCACCGUUUCCUGCUUGUGUCGGUCCCCGUGAGCGUUUCAAAACUGUUUCUCCAACGCUUUUUCCAGAAACUCGGACUGUUUUCCAAAGCAGAAUCAGCACAGGCCUCCCAGACUGAGGUGAUGGGAAGUGUGCGGGCCAGCCGCUACAGCGUCGUGUCAUCAGAGGAGGACGGGAUGAAGUUGGCCACUAUGACGGUGCCAAACGGCUGUGGUAAGGGGAAGGGCAAGGUGUACACGCGGCCCCAGCCCCAGCCCCAGAGCAGGUUCGUUAAAAAGGACGGACACUGCAACGUGCAGUUCAUCAACGUCAGCGACAAGGGCCAGCGAUACCUGGCUGAUAUUUUCACCACCUGCGUCGACAUUCGUUGGCGUUGGAUGUUCAUUAUCUUCUGCUUGGCUUUCCUGCUCUCCUGGCUGUUUUUCGGAUGCAUCUUCUGGUUGGUGGCCUUCUUUCACGGAGACUUGGAUAACAAAGAGCCCCAGUGCGUUUCAAACGUGAGCACCUUCACGGCUGCUUUUCUCUUCUCCAUUGAGACACAGACCACUAUUGGCUACGGCAACCGCUAUGUGACGGACGAGUGUCCAAUCGCGGUCUUCAUGGUGGUCUUUCAGAGCAUCGUGGGAUGCAUUAUCGAUGCCUUCAUCAUAGGUGCGGUUAUGGCCAAGAUGGCCAAGCCGAAGAAGCGAAACGAGACACUGGUGUUCAGCCACAACGCUACGGUGGCCAUGAGGGACAAUAAGCUAUGCUUGAUGUGGAGGGUGGGGAACCUACGCAAAAGCCACCUGGUGGAGGCCCAUGUACGGGCUCAGCUGAUCAGAUCUCGCACUACAGCAGAGGGGGAAUUCAUCCCUCUGGACCAGAUGGACAUUGAUGUGGGCUUCGACAGUGGCAUUGACCGUAUCUUCUUGGUUUCUCCGAUCACCAUCGUACAUGAGAUAGAUGAGGACAGCCCCUUCUAUGACAUGAGCAAGCAGGAUCUUGAAGGCUCAGAGUUCGAGAUUGUGGUGAUCUUGGAGGGUAUGGUGGAAGCCACGGCUAUGACAACCCAGUGCCGUAGCUCGUAUGUGGCCGGCGAGAUCCUCUGGGGCCACCGCUUUGAGCCUGUGCUGUUUGAGGAGAAGAGCUACUAUAAAGUGGACUACUCUCACUUCCACAAGACCUACGAAGUGCCCAGCACCCCGCUGUGCAGCGCGAGGGAGCUUGCAGAGAAAAAAUACAUCCUAUCCAAUCCCAGCUCCUUCUGUUACGAGAACGAGGUUGUACUUCAGAGCAAAGAGGAAAAGGAGGAUGGGGACCGGUCUGGGCUCGGGCCUGCAGGCACACACACCGACAUGGGCUUGGACUGUGACUACAACCCGGCCAGUGUGCUCCCAGAACCCCGGCCACUGCGACGGGAGUCAGAAAUAUGACUCUGUACAGACCUAA